AUGGACCACGUACCUGCAUGGAAGCGAUUUGCUAUUAAGAACAAGAAUGAAGGUAAAAGGGAGAUUGAGGAUGAUCCAUUGAAUGUUACUACCCAUCUUGCCACUGGUUCUUUGACCAAAAAGCAAAAGAAGUCUAUUUUAAAUGGUACUGAUAAUGACCUGCCUAAGAAGGUAAAGAAUAAGGAUAAGAAGCAAAAGAAGGCUAAAUUACCACGUGAGGAGCGUUUAGAAAAGAAACAGAGAGUUCUUAAGGAUCAGCUAAGAUACUUAAUUGAAUUCUAUCUGAAAGAUUCCGAUGAGUUGCCAGACAAAUUAUAUCAAUUAGAAAGCAUACGAUCCAACUAUGACGAAAACGAUAUCAAAAGUAAGAAAGAUGAAAGUGCGGUUGUUGAUGUAUGGAAAUUCUCUAAACAGAAACAGAACUGGUUACUGAAGCAUUUUCACAACUUUGAUGAAAUUCCUGCAGAAUAUGAUGAGCUACUACUGAAUUACUUCAAGGAUAUGAAAGGUAGGUCAAAAUACGAGCUCAUCAAACUAUGUAAUGAGAAACUAGAAACUUGGAACAAAUAUAUAGCAGAACAAGAAGAAAAGAUGCAAAAAAUUAUAAACGGAGAAGAAAAUGAAGAUAAUAAGAAUGUAGAACAAAACGAAGAGAACAAAGAAGAUGAAGAGCAGAAGCACAAAGUAGAAGAAUUACCAAUGCCUAAUAAAGCUGUUAUUUGUCGCUCAUAUAAGCUGUUGAGUCUCUGGGAGAAAAAUAAAAAUGAGGAUGAGCAAGAUUUCGAGGUUGUAAUUCUACAAAAGUUCCCUGAAGAAGACUUGAAAUAA